AUGCGAGGGGAUAAAACAGUGCUGGCUUUCUUCUCCUUCACAGCCAUGUUCUUCGUCUACCGCAUUCCCUUCUUCUUCUUCCUCUUUUUUUCAGUGUCAACCCUCUCCCUUUCUCACUCCCUUACACCUCCUGACAACUACCUCCAUCUUGAAUCUGAAGAAGCUGACAUCAUCCAUCAUAACGUCUCCACUCCAUGCCUCCCCUUAACCACUUUAUCAUCUGGGGAAGACCUUCCUUUUUCCUUGCAUCCAAUUGAGAUUGUUCGCAGCACUGGGGCUCCGGUCCAUGCUCUGGUUGUCGAGGUCACAAUUGCCUUGGCCUCCGAUCUUCACCCUAAACCACUCCCAAAUGGUCUUGGCAGUGCCUGCCUCUUCUGCAACCCAAUCAAUAGCAAAAAAAUUUUCAUAGCAAAGCCUGUCGACGAAGAGCCCUUAGCCUUAAACAACUCAAAGGACCUAGGCUCUCAACUACUAGGCCAACUGGGCCUUAAGACUUCAAUUCGCAUCGGUGAGGCUGCUACCUGUGAGCUUGCUGCAUAUCUCCUUGAUCACGAUUUCUUUGCUUCUGUACCUCUAACAACCCUCAUCAAAUUCUCUUACGCUUCUUUCUUCACUAAUGGCGCGCUUAAACUCGCAUUGCUUCAAUGCUUCAUUGGUCACGCUUUUUAUGCUGGUGAGUUGAGACCUUCUCUCUACUCUGUUUCCCCUGUUCACUAG